CAUUUUAUACGUAAUUUUCGCAGUAACAAUUUACGACAAUAGAAUUGCCCACUUCUCGGAUGAAGAUGUAAAAAUUUAUCCUAAUGAUUUGAAUAAUUCAAAUACGAUGAUUCUGGAGUUGACAUGCGUCAUCACGUGGCUGUCGAUGUACGGAGCCAGUAUCAUGUUUGUGUACAUCUUCUGGCAGAUCGAUGCCUAUUCCAUUUUCCCAGUUGUCAUGGAAAAUCUAACCCCGACUACGACAUCAAAACGCGUAAGUAAGUAAUUUGGCAGCACUAUAAAAGAGAUGGACAGUGGCUGUUUCGUGUAUAAUACAAUAGCCAUUCGUUUUUUGUUACAGUCGCGGAACAAAAAGCAAGAAUGACGUCCCAUUUGGCGAAUGAUGGCAUCGCAUAAACAUUCUCGCCGACAAUUGCCGAGUCUGUCUGUAGAGAUUGCCGACAAACAAAGGCACUCUCUCAUCUCUCAUAUGACAUACAAAUCCAGUCUUGAAUAUUUGUUGAAAAACGAGGGAACCUUCACCAAAGCACUAGAGUUAAUCAAGAGAUACCCAACGCUAGCCGAUCACCGAUCUACUGCAAAAAUCUGGGAAAUUUUGUCGUUAGGAACCAAAUCGUGCUCUGAGAAGCCACAUUCGAGUUGGAACGGACAAGCUGAAAAACCUAAAUUACCUAAUAUGCCAACAAUAUCAAUAUCAUCGGAUGGAUCCUCCGAGGUACAAUGUGCUUCAUGCACUAGACACGAAAAAAUGCAUAUUGGCAUCGUAGGAAUAUCAUUCGAACACACCGAGACUUUAAGGUGGUCACAACUUGUUUGCAAUUUGUCAUCUGAAGCCUUUGUGCAUUGUCUAAAACUAAAAAGUACUACGGACGUUGGUUUGGAGGUGGAGAGUGUUAACGGACUUGUUUUCGUUAUGUCCAACUCCAGUCUUAAUAAUGGACUGUUUCUCCAAGCCAUAAACUAUGCUCAACAACAUGAAAUACCAGUUUUGUAUAUCAGGGAGCUCAGAUUCAAGCUUCCUGUCCACGUUUCUGGCGAUUUUACCGAAAAGGUUUUGUUGCAACAGGGUAUUCAACAGCAACUAUCGAAAGCCCCGUUUGAUCAUCCAAGCAGCCCCACUUCUACACGUUCUGCUUUGCCCCCCAUAUCAAAGAGCGGAUAUUAUUACCACCCAAAUCUCGAAAUAACUGGGUCGUCCUCCACAACAGAAUGUUUAGAAUCUCGAUAUAAGGAGGCCAUCGUGUUUUCUGGAAACAACACUGAUUACUGUGUUCAAGUAAUAAUCAAAACUAUUUCUCAAUCCCAAAAAUCAGGAAGAGGUAUCACGCCAACCAAUAGCGAUUCAGAAGAGUUUGGCACUACACUCAAACCUCCAACAAUUGACAAUUUUAUAAAUUCUGCCACUAGCUCCAAACGACAGAAUUACGCACAGAAAGGCUUGUUCGCAGAAGCCGUAUUCGACUCCUCUUCCUCAACGGAGUCAGAUGAAAGUGUCGUGGAAGUUAGUCCCGCGAAAAGAGAUUUGGAUCGAGAAGAGUCGCUUGACCAAGAAACUAUAUACGUGCUGUUUCCGGAUAGGAGCGAAGGGUCUUCCGGUACAAAACCGGUCCUUGUCAAAUGGCCUCCACGCAAAAACGAGGUUCAUACGGACACCUCGUUAACCGAUAUGGACAGCGAGUCGUUUCUGUCCGAUUCCUCAAUUGGAUUCCAGGAUGUAGAUUUGGCAGAAAUUAUGUCGGAUGACGAUUUUAUCUUUACUUGACGACGGGAAACCUUCUUUCCAUUGAACAGACAUACCACUUAGCCGGUUCAAAAUGGAAACUUGACGAGAACCGAUCCUUUAGUUUCUAUGGUUACUUGAGAGGUAUCAUAUCAAGUAUGAGGGGAUACGAGGUCGCCCUCAGUUCUCGAGUAUACAGGACCCAAACAUGGUGUCCACUGGCUCUUUUUGCAAAGUACAUUUGAAUACAAACUGCACGUUUUCUUAAUGCUGCUAGUUGGUGCAUCUCGUGAAUUUCCGCAUUUACUUCGAGUUAGUAUAUAUAGGUUGCAUAAAAGUUUUGUAAUUCAAGGAAUUCAACAUUAUCUUUAACAAUUAUAGAUGGUUUUGAAUUCGUUGACAAACAAAGUAACAAAAAACCUCUGACCGCUGCAUUGUUGAAUUUGGUUGUGUGUUUUUUUCAUAAACACGACAUAAUAAAUUUGUUUUAUAACUUGU